GCACUACUACAGUCUUCAGUUAAGCAGCAAGUAGAAGCUAUUGAAAAACAGUACAUUUCUGCAAUUGAGAAACAAGCACACAAGUGUGAGGAGUUGUUAAAUACUCAGCAUCAGAGACUCCUUGAAAUGCUAGAUACAGAGAAGGACCUGUUAAAAGAAAAAAUAAAGGAAGCUUUGAUUCAGCAAUCUCAAGAACAGAAGGAAAUAUUGGAAAAAUGUUUGGAGGAAGAAAGGCAAAGAAAUAAAGAGGCAUUAGUAUCUGCUGCUAAGCUUGAGAAAGAAGCAAUGAAGGAUGCAGUUUUAAAAGCCAUAGAAGAAGAAAGAAAAAAUUUGGAAAAAGCCCAUGCUGAAGAAAGGGAAUUAUGGAAGACUGAGCAUGCAAAAGAUCAAGAAAAAGUAUCUCAGGAAAUUCAAAAAGCUAUACAAGAACAAAGAAAAAUUAGUCAGGAAACUGUUAAGGCAGCAAUAAUAGAAGAGCAGAAGCGAAGUGAAAAGGCUGUGGAAGAGGCAGUGAAAAGAACAAGAGAUGAAUUGAUAGAGUAUGUAAAAGAACAGAAAAGGCUUGAUCAAGUCAUCCGCCAAAGAAGCCUGUCCAGUUUGGAACUUUUCCUCUCCUGUGCUCAGAAACAGUUAAGUGCUUUGAUAGCUACGGAACCAGUUGACAUUGAAUAAAGAGAACAUGACAAGCUAACCACACUGGCUAUUGAUAAAUCAUUAGACCUCUAAAAUACAUGCUGUGAAUUAUAAAGAUGUUUUUGUUUUCUCUCUAAACCUUGGAGAAUUGAUUUCCACUUCAAGGAUAAACCAAAACAAUAUUUAGAACUACCAAGAGAUCUAAUUUAUCUUUUGGUUUUUUUUUCCUUUACAUUUACUACUAUUUUUGUGGUGGUGGUAGUGGUGGUGGUGGUGGUAAUAGUAGCAGCAGCAGCAGCAGCAACAAAGUAUUAUGUGACCCAAAAGCCAUUGAAAAUUGCCACAUUACCAAAAGUUAAUUAAGUAAACUUUAUAGCCUCUGUUGGCUUAUUGUAUUUGGCAAAAGUAGUAAAUAUCUUUACUUAUUGCCUCACAGUGACUCUUAAUAAGAUUUUAGAAUGUAAUCAUGCAUUUACUUGAUUUUAAGGUAAAAACAGCAUGGAUUUCAACAUCUCAUUCUGAUAUUACCAAACUUCGUUUCUGUAUUGGAAUCUAUUUGUAUUGGUAACAAUUGAAAAUAACUAACAAUUAUUAUAUUAAUUCAGCUUUGAUCUGAUGUACCACUUAAAGGGUUACGUGUGUGAUAUAUGCUUAUUUCCUAUUUCAGUUCUUCAAAGUCACCAUGAAUCAAGAAAGUCAUGUUUUAAAUGAAUCACACCAUGAAUUUAAUCUCUAGAAAGAGAAUAUAAUGUAACAAUUUAUAUGAAUUCCGGUUCAAAUAUAAGAGAGAUGAAAUUCUUUCCCAGUACUUUAGAGUGUAUUUAAUUCGUGAACAGUAUGCUUCAAUGGGAAAUCAUGAGUUACUUUAACAUCAAAACUAAAUGUCAUUAAAAUGUAUCCAAACAUUAUUGUCUUCUUUUCUGAAAUGCUUCUACUUUCAUGGGCUUUGUACUUUUCUGGAUUUUCUCAGUGUAAUAAUAAUAAAAAGAGUUCCAAAAACUUA